AUGCAAUUCUCCAAGUCUAUCGUGGCUACCGCCCUUGCUCUCUUCGUCUCCAGCGCUGUUGCAAGCACAGUCGAUAUUGCCUACACCUCCAAUGGCGCUUACUACAACCAGCAGGUCGAGCCUUACCAACGUACUCCAUUGACUCAGCCUGGAUCCAUCAGCACCUUCCAGAACACUGCCAACUGCUAUCUCUUCAACUACUACGGCCAGGAGGUCUACUAUGUUGCAGCGGGCGCGACGAACAUCGACCCUCCAGUCAACGCUGCAUCCGUUCAGUGCCAAGACCCCUCUUCCAACUAG